GAAGCAUCAACAAAGGCUAGUUGUUUCCCAGUCGUGGAAAGGUCGUCAAGUAGUAAUUGGUAGUAGAGGAAACGCUCGGUGGUCAUCCCAUGCGCCCACCACCAAACGCUCACCAGCUCUUCGUCUUCUUUCCCCAUUCGCGCUCUUCGGUCUUUGCGUUUUCCGCAGGUGGAGACAGGCAUGGAGGAGCUAAUGAAUUGCCCAAGGUCGGGGAGUCUGAUGGGGCAGCAGCAGCAGCAGCAGCAGCCAAGCCGGGGAGUCUGGGAGGAGGAUGUGGCUUUGGCGCUCGAAAGUGGAAGCCUUUGGGUGGAGGAGUUUGCAGUCGACGAGCUCCUCAACCUUGAGUUCAUGGAGGAGGAGAAGGAAGGAGGAGAGCAGGAGGGCGAGGUCAGAGACUUUGCAGAGCACAAGAAAGCAGAGGACUUGGACUCCAAUACCAGCUCGUGCUCUGCUUCCUCUGCCACUUCGUCUCCCUCCUUUGAGCCGGCGGUGGCUCUCACUGGAAUCGGUCUCCCGGCGCAUGACGCCGAGGAGUUGGAGUGGGUUUCUCGCAUCAUGGACGACUCGCUGUGGGCGCCUCAAAGCCAGCAAGACGACACCGCAACCCAAACAGAGGACCGGCCGGCCGAAGGUCCCUCUUUGGUGAGCCCAGCGGUCUGUCUCCUCUCCACUCAAGCCAUGGUUCCGGUCAAGGCCAAGCGGAGCAAGCGGUCACGGAGCGCCGCCCCCGUCGUCGCCUGGUCCUUGUCCGGGCCGCUCCUCUUCGUCGAAUCCUCUACCGAAUCCACCACCACCACCACGACCACCUCUUCCAGCUCCUCCUUCUCCUCCUCCGUCUCCUCUCGCUCGCCCCCUUCCAUCUCUUCCUGCCUCACGCACGACCACCCUUCCGCCGCCGGCGACCAGAGCUUCUUUCUCUGCGACAAGCAGAAGCCAAAGAAACGCGGCCGGAAACCCAAACCAGCCUCGUCAGCCGCCGCAGGCGAACGGCGGUGCGCCCACUGCGGAGCCCAGCGGACGCCGCAGUGGAGGGCCGGUCCCCUCGGCGCCAAGACCCUUUGCAACGCCUGCGGCGUCCGCUUCAAGUCCGGGCGCCUCCUCCCGGAGUACCGCCCGGCCUGCAGCCCCACCUUCGUCAACCACAUCCACUCCAACUGCCACCGCAAGGUCCUCGAGAUGCGCCAGAAGAAGGAGACAGGGCUGCCUUCCCCCGCCGCCGCGGCGUCGCCGGUGCCUUUUCUGUAGGUCCGGUCACCCCCCUGUAUGCCUACCUCUCUUGCAUCGGUUAUGUUUCUUGUAUUAGGUGGUGGUUUGUUUGGCUCUUUGGAUUUAGAGCAUAGCAUUUUUCUCCAAUUUCUACAGGUAGUGAGCCUAAGCAGUGCAAUAUUUCCAUGGCUUUUGUGAGCUUUCACUAAAAUUGUAGGGGGCAUCAAAAAUUUGUAAUCAUAUUCAUUUAAGAAUACAAUAUUAGGAAUAGAUAGGUAGGUAGAUGGACAUCAUCUCUUCAUCAUGUACUCUAUUUAUUUCUACUAGUGGAUUGAGAUGAAGAGUGCAAUUUAAUUUA